AUGAAGUUUUUCUCCCUCGUUGCUGGCGCUGCUGCCUCCUCUUACGAGACGACUGAAGCAUACACGAUGUCGACAAUGAACAGCGAGCCUUGGACCACCCCCGAUCGAAUAACCAACUGUGGUGGCACCAUCAGAAGGCCAAAGACCUUCUCGUCCCCAGACUUCGCUUCUGGUAGCUACCAAAACUACCUGAGCUGCACCUGGGACAUUUCCCUUCGCGGCGUUGCUGGCUUCUGGAUCGUGCCAAAAACAUUUGACAUCGAGUCGAUUGGCUUUUGGCACGACGGCCAAGGCUAUGAUCUCCCUGACCAUGGUCCUAAGCCCAACUGCGCAUUCGAUCAUGUCAAGGUGAUCGCCAACGGCGUCGAGAGCAAUUUCUGCGGAACCAAUUUAGGUGUAGCAUCAGAGGCUGGAAAAGGCACAAAGGAAGAAGGAGGAAAAUGGACACCAGAUCUUGUCAAUGCCAGCGAAGACGGCUUCAAGAAAAUGUUCGUCUUGGGUGGCGAUGCCACUGUGAGCAUGACAACCGACUUUACCAACGGAGUAGAUCUCGACGGAAAUUGGAAUCGAUUCGCCGGUUUCGAGUUCGAGCUCGUGGAAGCCGAUCGACUUGAUAUUAUUGAAUAUUACUUUGGGAAAAUCGCCGGCAAUAUCAUAGACGAGAGAAAAUUUAACCGAUUUGUGAACCGAUUCCAUAAAAUCCUCGCAAAGGCCCGAUCUUCCGCGACUGGCGAAAACUGCUACGAAGAAAACGGCUUCGGAGCGAGUGACACUUCUGACGAUGUUCAAGUUUUCCACGAGAGCAAUACGUGCACUUUGAAUUCUCAAGUGAACGCAGCGCUCAACAGCUGGGCUAGAAACAACGCCUGUGUCGGUCGAGGCAAGGUCUAUCGCCAAAUCAUUCGAGCUGCGAGAAAGAUCAGAAAUUUCUACAACUCUGCAAACGACUGUUGA